UGGAGUACACCGUACUGUUCGUUUCGAGUUUACUUCUUCAGUUCGCUAAAAAUGUCUGGACGUGGCAAAGGUGGUAAAGCAAAGGGAAAGUCAAAGUCCCGUUCUAAUAGAGCUGGUCUUCAAUUCCCUGUUGGUCGUAUACAUCGACUUCUGCGAAAAGGAAAUUACGCUGAACGUGUUGGUGCAGGAGCACCAGUCUAUCUUGCUGCUGUCAUGGAAUACUUGGCCGCUGAAGUAUUAGAAUUGGCUGGAAAUGCUGCUCGUGAUAACAAGAAGACUAGAAUCAUUCCGAGGCAUCUCCAACUCGCCAUCCGUAAUGACGAGGAGUUGAACAAAUUGUUGUCUGGUGUAACCAUCGCUCAAGGUGGUGUAUUGCCGAACAUUCAAGCUGUCUUGUUGCCGAAGAAGACCGAAAAGAAAGCUUAACUAUCACAUUAAUACAAAUGGCCCUUUUUAGGGCCACAAAAUACUUACAAACGAAGGAAAUAUUACCUACCUCAAAAACAUUGAAUAAUUUUAGAUACUAGUACAGAUAGUUAUUUUAAAUAGUUAAUAUAAUCUAAUAAGAAUUCCUUAAAUAAUUUUUAUUUAAUAAUGUAUUCGUAAUACUAUUCUCAUGAUUAUUUCGAGUUUUUCGAUAUAGAUUACAGUCCAGGUUCGUGAACAACCCCACAUUACGAGCCAGCUGGCCUAGCAGAUGCUUCAGCCCAUUGUACGCGCCGAGGGUCGUGUUUCUGUACAUAAAAGAUUCUUUCGCCGGUUCCCCACAAAGCUGCGCCGAAUUCUAACCGGAAUUGUACAAAACCUGUUUCUGUAUAUACCAUCCGAUGAAGGGUCCCUACCAUAUAAUACAAAGGUCUACUCACGUCGACGCCACCUCGUUGUUCUGUGAAUUAUGUGUGUGAACAUUAGUUAACGUGAAAUCAGUGGGCUCUUAUCCCUUUCUACAAAUUUAUCGAUAGAACGUAUACAUAUACUAACAUUGGUUUUAUAGGAACGAUUUAGAUAAGCGCACCUUCGUGGACGAAUAGCGAGAGAAUCACGUUGUUUCCAAGGACAGAUAAAUCCCAUCCAGCCCAACCCAAGAUUUAUGUAUAAUUUUUUCAAAUACAAAAUUUCUACCAUUUUCUUGUUAUAGAAUUAGUAAUAUUAGAAGUUAAUAGAAAUCCAGAUCUGAAUGCUUUGGAGACGUUUAUGUCCUAAACCUUAUUACAGAUCAGGUCAUAAAAGACGGAUAUAAAAGGACAAGCUAACCCUCGUUUACUUUCUUAAAUCAAUGGAAGACUAAAGGCAUUCGUUGAAUACGAACUUGUAAAAAGUUGAAACAUCAGGAUAUUAUACAUUGUAAUUGAAUUGGUGGCCCUAAAAAGGGCCGUUUACCACAAAAAAAAAAAAAAAAAAAAAUGUUUAAGCUCUCUCUCCUCGAAUACGACGAGCCAACUGGAUGUCCUUUGGCAUAAUCGUUACUCUCUUUGCGUGAAUUGCGCACAGGUUGGUAUCUUCGAACAAACCGACGAGGUAAGCUUCGCUGGCUUCUUGCA